AUGGGCUUGCUCCGCAGAAGUAAGCCGGGCAAGUCCGUCUCGCUGCAGGAACAGCAGCUGAAGCCAGAUAAUCCGGAGCUUGACGACGCGAUAGCGAAGCGGCAGGACGAUGCGGCCGACGCGGAGAUGGGCUCUGCGGCAAGCAAGCAAGCCCGAGGGCCGAAGCAGCUGGUCCAUGAUGUCCAGCGGGCGGAGCAGUCGGCCGACAUCUCUCGGAUCGUGGCGGAAGCCAGGCUCGCCGCCCCAUCGGCACAGGGCGACCCGAGCCAAGGGUGGCAGAUGGGGCAAUGGCUAAACUCACUCGGGCUGAACGACGCCAUCGCCGCCGCGCUCCUCUCGCCAAUCUCGGCCGACGCAUCACUGGCGCUCGAUUCGGCCGACGCAUCGCUGGCGCUACCCUUCGUGCGCGCGCUAGGUAAGCUCGGCUCACGCGAGUCGGUGGCCGCGCUCCUCCGCCAGGCUGGUCCUCACCUACUCGACCGCAUCGCCGACGCUGUUUGGGACGGCGCGUCGACCCUCAUCGCCUCGGGCGGCGCCACCGGAGCAGAGCUACACGCAAAGUUCGUGCAGGAGGGCGAGUCUUUCACCAUGUCGUACGGAGGGCUGGACACCUUCUUCGGCGGGCUGGAGGGCCUGAUCGGGACGCCCAACCCCAAGCUGCGGGAGGCGAUGAAGCGGGAGCACUGUGACUCGGCCGAUUCCGGGCUCCCCUUCAACGCGGGCAACUAUGGGACAACGACGACGGCGAAGACGGAGUAUCACUUCGUGGUCGACCCGGAGCACACCGACUUUGGGCCGGGCAGCAAGCACCCGUGGCCCGAGGACACCAAGCUGCGCGAGAGGGAGGACACGCGCAGCCUUUGCCGCAAGCCCCGCCCGAUCUCUGACUUUGCGAUCGACUUGCAGCGGGUCAACGAGCAGCUUGCGACGCAGGACUGCACCUCGCUCUGCGAUGAGGAGUUCUGGGGAGCGCGGCUGUACACCGGGCCAAUGUUCAUCAAAUACAACGCGAUCCUGCGCGGCCUGGGCGGGAAGGCUCCCUUUUUCGUGCAGAAGCUGGAGCAGCUGUGCUUGGGCAACAACUACACGACGACGCUGCACAUCAUCAACUCAUCGUGCGUCAAGCUCUCCAAGAUCAUGACCGCGCAAAAGGUCUACCGCGGCGUGAGCGGCGGCGUGCUGCCGAGCGAGUUUUGGGCCAAGAACGAGUGGAACGUCGCGGGCGGCGUCGAGUUCGCGUUCAUGUCGACCACGCUCGACAAGGAGGUGGCGCUCCACUACGGGGGGAGCGGCGGGGCGGGUCUCUGCUUCGAGAUUCAGAUGGGGAUGGUGGAUCGCGGCGCCUCGCUCUCGUGGCUGAGCCAAUACCCUCACGAGUCCGAAAUCCUUUUCGCCCCUAUGACGGGACUCGAGGUGCUCGGCACGAGGGUGGAGAGCGGCGUCAUCGUUGUCGAGACGCGCCUCUCGGUCAACCUCACCGCGCUGACCAUCGAGCAGGUCGUCUCACGGCGGCGCAAGCUGUGCAUGGACAUGUGCGAGUCGAUGCAGCUCGAACUGGCCCAUGAGAUGACGCAGACGACGUGGUCCGAGCUCAGGGAGCUCACCGACGGGGCGGAGGCGGCCUUCGAUCUGCCCGGCUAUGCGAAGAGCGUGCUGCGAGACAUGCUGGCCGAGUCGACGUCGCAUCCGCCCGAGCACUACAACAACGAAGCCAACAUGCUGAUGCGAAUGAAGGAUGCGGUGCAGGCGAAGAACGCGGUUAGCGAUUUGCCUAACGGAUGGGAGCGCGUGCAGAUGGCGGCGCCCAACCUGCCGGCGCUGCUGUCGGCCUCGGACCUCAACGCGCUGCACAGCCUGAAGGCGAGCGGCGAGGAGAUGGGGCCGGAAGGCGCGGUGUACCUCGGCCACGGCAUCGCGGGCGCCACCUCGAUCACGGAGCUCGACGUGUCGAACAACAAGCUGUGCGGCAUCGAGGCCGCAGAUGAGCGGGAGGCGUACAACGGCACGCACUUCGGCACCUUCUGUAAACUGCUCGCCAAGAACUCGAGCCUCACCAGCCUCGACGUGUCGGCAAACUACAUCCUGGCCGACGGCUCCACGGCGCUGUGCGCCGCGCUCGCCGGGAACAAGCAGCUCAAGACGCUCAAGCUCAACGACUCGGCGAUGCAAGAGGCGGGCUGGAUCGCCCUCGCGAGGAUGGUCGAGGACGCGCCCUCGCUCGUGGUGCUCGAGGCCAACUGCAACCUCGAGUUGAUGCGCCCUGCCGAGAUCCCAGCCGUCGCCAAGGCCAUCGCCUCGGCAGUGGGGCGCAGCAAGAGCCUCACUAGCGUCGACCUCUCCUCGCAGGAGUGGAAGAAUGGCGAGGCCAGCGGCCUCCUUCCGCAGCUGCUGGACUGCAAGUCGCUGGCCACGCUCAACCUCUCCUGCGCCGAGUGCGGGCCCCACAUUGGCGCGGGCCUGGCGCAGCGCCUGAAAGGCCACCCGGCGCUCACCAGCUUGCAGCUCGACUCCUGCGAGCUGGGGUCGGGCGCGCUGCCCAUCUGCGCCGCCGUCGGCGACUGCGGCCUCACUGAGCUCAACCUCUCCAGCAACGAGAUGGACGCGGCUGCUGCCAACGCGCUCGGCGAGGCGCUGGCCAGCAGUGUGACGCUCAAGAGGAUUGACAUCCAGUCUAACCUGAUCAAGGAGGGCGGCGUGGCGCUGGGCAAGGGCCUCGCCGCCAGCACGUCGCUGACGGAGCUUGAGCUCAGCGACUGCGCGCUGGGCGACGAGGGCGGCGCGGCCGUCCUCGAAGCGCUCAGGGGCAACACCACGCUCCAGGUCCUCAAGAUGAGCGACAACAAGUUGAGCGCGGGCGUGGCUCCCGCGCUGCGCGCCAUCGGCGAGAGCACCUCGCUGACGCAGCUCGACCUGUCGGAGAACAAGCUGGGCCCCGACGCGUGCGCUGACCUCGCCGCCGGUAUCGCGAAAAAUGCGUCGCUGCGAGAGCUCGAGCUGAACUACUGCGCGCUCGGCGCCGGCUGCGCCGCGCUGGGCGACGCGCUCAAGUCGAACUCGACGCUCACGUCGCUACAGCUCAACGACAAUGGGAUCAUGAAGGUUGAGGCCGCCUUGCUGAGGGAUGCCUUUCGCCGCCGCGCGGAGCGGCUGCGCAAAGAGCUGGACGAGCGUGGCGAGAAGGGGAAGAAGACGUGGACUAUUCAGGUCGACCAGACGCACAAGUUUACCGGGCGCGACCUCGACCUCGACGACCUCAACCUCGACCUCGACGACCUCGACGCGUCGAGGGCCUCGGACGCGAGCAGUAUCCCCGACGCCGAGGAGGGCGCGAGCGACCUCGACGACCUCGGCCUCGACGACCUCGACCUCGACCGCGAGUAG